AUGAGCGACUCCCAGCAAAGCCGCAUGCAGCUCAGGGCACGGGACGACUUCUACGGGCGCUCCUCUAUCUCCGUGUCAAAUGAGUUUGCAGAUUCCACUCAGCACGUCAGCUGUUUCCAACAGAUCCAGCGCUGGCUCGAAGUUUGUUUACGAGAUCAUCCAUCGUGCCGCACGACGCUGGAUCCUGACUCUCACGAAAAACUUCCCACACGACUAAUCGACGCCUUACAUCACUCUCAGUCACAGAUUCACAGAUGGCAUAAUAUCGCCGUGCCGCGCUUGCUGACAUCGAAUCUGGAAGAACUUAGGAAGCGACUAGAUGUCGCGAGUUUCCCACCCACGUUCAGAGAUGCCAUUGAGGCCACUAUACGGCUGGGCUUCAGAUAUAUCUGGAUCGACGCUCUAUGCAUCAUCCAAGAUGAUGUACAGAACUGGAAACAGGGGGCAGCCUCCAUGGCUAUGGUUUACCGUAAUGCGGUAUGUAACCUAGGUGCGCAUGCUGCUGCGGCUGACCCUGAGUUUGUUGGAUUGUUCGUUAGGCGUGAUCCGGAGCAGAUGCAGAUACCAUUUCUGAAGAUACAGAGUCUGGAUUGGGAAGGAAACUACUGGGCGGAUCCGUUGGUGGAACCGAAACGCCUGUCUUCAUCUCCUUUGAUGCAGCGCGGUUAG